AUGUUUCUGUUUUUAAUUUUUGCUGCCCUGGUGGGUCAUAUCUCCGGUGCCAGUCGGAUAAUUGGUGGCCAAUUUGCCACUCCGGGACAAUUUCCCCAUCAAGUAUCCUUGCAGCUGAAUGGACGUCAUCACUGCGGAGGUUCUAUUAUUUCGGAAACCUUCAUUGUCACCGCGGCCCAUUGUACGGUCAAUCAAAACCCUGCCCUCAUGAAAGUUGUGGUCGGCACCACUGACCUCUUGGCCGGUAAUGGUAAAACUGUCAAUGCUGCUCAAUUCAUUAUCCAUCCCCAGUACAAUCCUCAAAGUCAGGACUACGAUAUGUCAUUGAUUAAAUUGGCCGAACCUUUGACAUUGGGAACCUCCACUGUGGAUAAAGUGGAACUGGCUGCCUCUGAUGCUAACUUUGCUGCCGACACCUUGGCCACCAUUAGCGGAUUUGGUGCCAUUAAUGGAAAUCUCCAGCUGCCCAAUAAAUUGAAAUUUGCCCAGGUUCAAUUGUGGAGUCGUGACUAUUGCAAUCCUCAAAACAUUCCUGGCAUCACGGAUCGUAUGAUUUGUGCCGGACAUCCCAGUGGCCAAGUUAGUGCCUGCCAAGGUGAUAGCGGUGGCCCAUUGACUGUGGACAACAAACUGUUCGGUGUGGUAUCAUGGGGUUUCGGUUGUGGUGCUGAAGGCAAACCUGCCAUGUACACUUAUGUGGGUGCUUUACGCUCAUGGAUUAAACAAAAUUCGGGAGUUUAG